AUUAUCUGAUUUUAACCAAAAUCGGUUAUCUCGGUUAGCGAUUUUCGUUUCAAAACGACGUCGUUAACUCCUUACAUGUCGACCUCUAAUUACAGAUCGGAGAUAUGAAUCUCUUCUUUCUCUGGAUUUGAAAGUUCGAUACAAAUCUAUUGAUCCGUCAAUUUCUGGAAACGAUCUCGAUUUCUCUAGGAUUGUUCCGACGACGAAGAUGAUGAAGAUUCAAUUUAGUGCGGUGGCGUUAUUGGUGGCUCUAUCUAUGGCCUCUCUCUUUGAAAUUGGAUUGGCUUCUCCGAACACCGUUCCUGCUUUCCUCUGGUCUCCGCAUCUCCAGUCUGCUAAUGGUGAAUUGGAUGAGGUUGUAAAUUAUCAGGUCAUGUCUGCAAAGGAUCUAGUAGGUUCAGUUUUCACUCAAGGAGGUUGGUCAAACUUUCUGUGCUCAGAGAAGAAGCUUGAGCAACCUGUUGAUGUUGCACUUGUGUUCAUAGGCAGAGAGUUACUGUCUUCUGAUGUUUCUUCUAAAAGGAACUCGGAUUCUGCCCUUGUUAACACAUUGAGUAAUCUGUUUACAGCUUCCAACUUCUCAUUGGCAUUCCCAUAUAUUGCUGCGCCAGGGGAAGAAAGGAUGGAGAAUUUGUUGCUAUCAGGACUUAAAGACGCUUGUCCCAACAAUGUUGGAGUCAGCAAUAUCGUGUUCUCAGAUUCGUGCUUUGUUGAGGAUGGGACAAUUCAGAAACUAUCAGACUUGCAGUCUUUCAAAGAUCAUUUGCUUGCUAGAAGAGAAACAAGGAAAGAAGGAGAAACUGACUUGGUUGUGCUCUGUUCCGAGGGUUCUGAAUCAAAAAGUCAAGCUGGACAGUCACACUCAGAGCGUGAAAGCAUCUUAGAACUUGUUAGUUCUGUAGAACAAUCCGGCAGUAAAUAUACAGCUCUUUAUGUUUCUGAUCCUUAUUGGUACACAUCUUACAAAACUCUCCAAAGGUUUCUAGCUGAAACUGCUAAAGGAAACAGCACUCCUGAAGUUGCAACUGCCUGUGAUGAACUCUGCAAAUUUAAGUCAUCACUCUUGGAGGGCAUACUAGUGGGAAUCGUUUUUCUUCUCAUCUUGAUCAGUGGACUUUGCUGUAUGGCGGGUAUCGAUACACCGACUAGAUUCGAGACUCCUCAAGAUUCUUAAGCUGUUGACCUUAAGAGCCAUCCCCCACCUUUUGCUUUGCUUUUGACGAGUCUUUUCUUGUGCAUAGUGCGCAUUGUGGAAGGUACUUCAAUGUCGAUUUGUUACAUUAUUACUUCAAAAACAAAAUCUGCAUAUGCCAUAAAAUCCCCUUGUAUCA